CAAUGUCAUAUGCCGCUGCGUACGGGCCCUACGGCCGCUCACCGUCUCCUGUAUUCACACAGAGUUCCGUGUCACUAGAUGACUCCUCGGCGGACGAAACACCUGAUGUCCAACCAAGCGCGAGCCGAACAGGCUCGCCGGGGCCUCUAAAUGCUGAGCAUGGGGAGGCAGCAGGGUCAGACACGAUGACAUGCCUGUGGGACGACUGUGGCGUUGUCUUCAGCCACCUCCCCAGUCUCAUUGAACACAUUCACAACACGCACAUCGGUGUGCACAAGUCGAACUACACUUGCGAGUGGGCAACAUGCAACCGUCGCGGGCUCGCACAGACUUCGCGGUUCGCCCUCAUAUCCCAUAUCCGCUCGCAUACUGGCGAGAAACCCUUCAUUUGUUCCCGGCCAGAAUGCGACAAAUCCUUCACCCGCUCUGACGCAUUGGCAAAACAUAUGCGACUACAACAUAACAUGCCCCCUCCACCCUCCGGUAGGGGCGCCUCAGGAGCACGCAAACGCAAGCGGUCUCUCUCUCCCUCCCACCCUCAAACCAACGUACCUACUCCCGAGCAAUCCGCAUUCAGCACCUUCAAGCUCGAGCCGCAAACACCUUCUGAGCUUGAGAACGGUAUUGGAGGUGGAGAUUACUUUUCGGCGCUCACGCGUGAGGAAGAGGAAGACGACGACGAUGGAGAGGACGAUGGACUUCCACCGCAUUUGCAGCGGCUCGUAGACCCCAGGACUGGCCUUAUCAUGGGCCGCACUCCUGCACUCGUUAUGUAUGUAAUCCAGAAAGCGAAAAUGCGCUACGCGCUUGAAACCCAUGCAGCGCUCAUCGAGGAACUCAGGGUCACGAGGGCACAGGCGAAAGAAGAGAAGUUAAAGAAAGAAACAAUGCUGGAUGAAUUGAUCAAAAGUGUCUUUGGAGAGGAAGCAACAGCAGCUGUCACACAAGUCCCUCCCCCACAGCGAGGCCACCGAAUGCUACCACCACAAGCACACCAUGUGCCAGCUGCGUAUCCACCGCAACUUGUGCAAUCAGGCUUGCCCUAAAUCUUUUGUAUCAAUGUUCUGAUAUCGUUAUCGUGAUUUUAACAUUGCCCAUGCGUAUCAUGCAAGUUCGUGCGGCCUGUGACUAGGAUAUUAAUUAUACCUAUCCUGCUAAAUCCUGCUUAGUAGAAGCCUUCCUCGUCCUUAUCGCGCAUGUCCCUCAUGAGCCACAAUUUUUAUCGAUGUGAGUGUUGUCGGAUGGUCUGCGGUGUUAAAUGAAUCAUCUAUGUGAUGACUCGAAGUUACGUCUUUACUAG